AUGGUGAAGAUCAUGAAUGCUUUAGUCGCUGUUAUAGCACUAGCAGCGAUGUUACAUAGAACAGAAGCCGAAGACUACACAGUCGGAGACGACUUGGGUUGGACUAUACCUCCUGACGGUGCCGAUACUUAUGCAGAGUGGGCUGCCGAGCAUACCCCCCUUGUAGUUGACGAAGAUACCAUAACAUUUGAUUUUCCAGUAGGAGAACAAGACGUGGCUUUUGUGACGAAGCAGGAUUUCGACUCGUGCACCACCACAAAUCCGCUAUGGCAGUCAUCAGAGCCGGCUAGAGUUACACUUGUUCAAGAAGGCACAUUUUACUUCAUUGGCACCUUGGCCGGCCACUGCGCCAAAGGCCAAAAGUGUUAG